UUUCUGACCUUUGCCUUUUUUUAAUUCUUGAGUAGUUUGCAGCUGCUUUUUCGUGCUGCCCGAGCGUGGUUAGCUGCGCUUUGUGCCUUCCCGCCAGGGUGGGCACUUGCCUGUCCCUAACAGGCUGAGGUGCUGAUGCCUGUUGAGGUUCAGAGUGAGGAGAAACAAGGUCUUAGAAGAAAGGCCUUUUGGAGAAGGAUGAGAAAGGGCCAGUGCUGCCAGGAGGCUGUGCAGGGCCUUCCCCCGGUUAGCAGCAGCUGAAAAGCUCGUUCGUUACUGACUGAACCUUUCUGCUAGUAGCAGAAACACUCACUGUGUCUGUGCUGCUUUGCCCUCAGGUUUUAGGCUUCAGGGUCAUCUCUUGUGAGUCUUGGGCCCACCUGGUGUUGCAUGCUGUUUUCCUGGCUGGAAACUGUCCCAACAUGCUUGACAUGCUCCAUGAGAUUUCUGUAAGAUGGAGCCCUCUGCAAAGAUGUACACAGUGCUCCCUGGACUCGCUGAAUGUCCUGCCGGGUUCCUGGUGUGUGCCGCUUGGGCAGCAAUGCUUUCGCUGUUCAUCCGAGUGCUCUUCCAGAAGAGCAGCAGUUCUGGCUGGUGUGACACACUGAGCUGGUUAGGGAGAAAACUUUUUUCUGGUGCCCAGCCGUACGGGUUUGAGUGUGUGAACAGCUGUCCCUGCAGUCAUUCACCAGCUGCUGUGUUACUUGUGGUUCAGCUGUUCGGCAGAAGGUGGCGUUUGGACUCUUUCUUGCAGCAGCAGAGAGGAUGAAAAGGGAUGACCUUUGUGACCUGGAGGGGAACCUGGGGCUGUGACAGCCCAUGUGUUUAAUGUGGCUGUGGUACAAUCUGCUCUGUUCCUCAAGGCAGACUAAGCAGCUGGAUUUCAUGUUGCAAAAUAUGAGUUGUGGGUGGGCAGCAGGAGUCUGUGACUGAUGAGCAGCCCAGCCAGUGCUGAGACACUGCAGCUGAUGGAUCCCCUGGCACUGCCCCGUGGCUGGAGCCUGGGCUGUCUGCUGAAAGGGAUACGGCCUCCUAUUGUGAAUGGCCCGAUGCCAGCGCGGCCGCUGGUUGCGCUGCUGGAUGGACGAGAUUGCACAGUGGAGAUGCCCAUCUUGAAGGAUGUUGCUACGGUGGCGUUUUGUGACGCUCAGUCAACUCAGGAAAUCCAUGAGAAGGUGCUGAACGAGGCAGUAGGAGCUCUGAUGUAUCACACCAUUACUCUUUCUCGUCAGGAUCUGGAGAAAUUCAAAGCCCUCAGGGUCAUUGUGCGUAUUGGCAGUGGCUAUGACAAUGUUGACAUCAAAUCUGCUGCAGAACUAGGCAUCGCAGUCUGCAACAUCCCCUCCUCCUCAGUAGAGGAGACUGCUGACUCCACCCUCUGCCACAUCCUGAACCUCUACCGCCGGGUCACCUGGCUGCACCAGGCCAUGCGGGAAGGGAACCGCGCCGCCAGCGUGGAGCAGAUCCGGGAGGUGGCUGGAGGCGCCGUGCGUAUCCGUGGGGAGACCUUGGGCAUCAUUGGACUGGGCCGAGUUGGACAGGCAGUGGCUCUGCGAGCCAAGUCCUUUGGCUUCAACGUGAUUUUCUAUGAUCCCUAUCUGCCGGAUGGAGUGGAGCGAUCCUUGGGUUUACAGCGAGUAGGAACCCUGCAGGAUCUACUAAUGCACAGCGAUUGCAUCACAUUGCACUGCAGCCUGAAUGAACAUAACCAUCACCUCAUCAAUGACUUCACUAUUAAACAGAUGCGCCAAGGCUGCUUCUUAGUGAACACAGCCCGGGGAGGGCUGGUAGAUGAGAAGGCCUUAGCUCAAGCCUUGAAAGAGGGGAGGAUAAGAGGAACAGCAUUGGAUGUGCAUGAGUCUGAGCCUUUCAGCUUUGCUCAGGGGCCCUUAAAAGAUGCACCCAACGUGAUCUGCACCCCUCACACUGCCUGGUACAGUGAGCAGGCUUCCAUUGAAUCCAGAGAAGACGCAGCUAAGGAGAUCCGCAGAGCUAUUACAGGUCACAUACCUGAUGUUUUGAGGAACUGUGUUAAUAAGGAGUACUUGAUGUUAGCAGCUCAGUGGUCCAGUAUUGAUCCUGCAACUGUCCACCCAGAACUCAACGGAGCUGCAGCUUACAGGUUUCCUCAAGGAGUAGUGGGAGUAGCCACCCCUGGGCUACCAGAGCCACCAGUAGUGGAAGGGAUUGUAGCUCAUGGGAUCCCUUCUGUUUCUCACUCUGCACCUCGUACCCCUUCCCCAGGAGAGACGAGCAAACUGGAUGCAGACAGAGAGAUUCCUGCUGACCAAUAGCAGCAUCUUUCUCUCCCCUCUGGCAGCAGAAAAAAGGAGAAGGAUAGCUCCUCCUAGGACCUUUAACACCCUACAGAGACUGUUUCCUGUUCGUACAGGACAGGAGAAUGCAUUUCAUUACUGGCAAACUUUAGCUCUUGCCUUUAUUUUGUAACCCUUUAGUUUUAAUCUCUCAAUGAAUCUUUCUCCUUCUCUGGGGCAGGGCAGCAGUGACCUUGCCUCCCCUUGGAAAUAGUUGGUUUAACCAAUGAUUUUUCCCAUAUAUCUGCCUCAGUGGUCUGUGACAGGGAAUUGUCCUUGUGCACUUGAAAACAGAAGUGGAGCUGCCUGAUCAGGGAUGACCCUCAGUGUUCUAACACCAGACUUCAGUGCACACUUUUCAGUUGUGACUUGUAGCUUGAAUUUAAUUUGGCUGAACCUCUCUAAGUGUAGCCAUGGAGAAUAUUAGAAAAUUAUUAGUGAAUUGGAGAAAGUUGUGACUAUUGUCAUUAUUUUGCCCUUGGUAGAACACAGCCUAGGCUCAGCUCUAUGUGUUAUUUCACUUGUUUUAAUUCAGGUUUCCUGUGAGAACAGACAUAGUGCAGGCGUUGCUAGUUCUUGUUCAUACAAGUUUUGUCUAUGCAGUACUAGGCCUGAAGCUAAAAGUGUCAAGUCUCAAAGCCAGCCUUGUAAAUAAUUUGGAAGGGAUUAAAGUGUCAUCAAAUGUGUUCUGGUGGCCACUGUGUUUGUGAGCUUGAGAAUAGUUCACCCUGAAGUCUGUGUAACUUGUGAGAAGGCAAGAGAAUGCAGAAGUGGGAAAAACUGCACUGGCAGAUAAGCAGCUGUAACUUGCAGUUGCUGAUUCCUCACACACGUACCUCACGGUCUAAUGGUGGUGUUUAUCCACAAGGUAUUGAUCAUGUUAGAAUUUAAGCUUUGGACUACAGAUUAAUUGUUGUUGUUGGCAUAACAGCAUCACCUAGAAGCAACAUACCAGUGCUAGGGACACUUGUCUCUCUGCUGAUGGAGAAGGCAGCUUUUAGCAGCUGCCCACAUUACUGUACUUAGCUCUGCUGGCAUACACUGACUGCAACUCCAGUAGUGGGCAGGGAAGAGAGUGUUUUUUUACAUGAAUAAGCUUUGUGAUACUAAAGGAGAAAGAACAUUCCUGGAUUGUCACCUGAAGCCAAGGCAGGAUUGUUGCUCUCCAGUCUUUUCCCAUUUCCCAAAUGAUAGAACAUGAAUCACUUUUUUGAGGGAUAUGGAGCUUGGCAAAACAGGUUCCACAGAAGAUUUUCUUUGAUUCCAAAUCUUCCUUUAAUUUCAUCUUGUUACUUUCCAUACUCAAGAUGUAACAAUUCCUGAUUGAUUUCUUCAUGUGUAGGUGUAAAAAGUAGGUGCUAUAUGGGGGAUGUAUCCUGUGUGUGGGUUUCUCUGCCUCCCUUUAUUCUUCCCUCUGUUGUAUGUCCAUGACUGGAAGCUGAACAGCUGGGAACGGACUGGAAAUACACCUUGAACUGUGGACAAAAUCCUCUGUUUAGGCUGUUUACAGUUUGUGAAGCUGAGGAAGGCUCUUAGAGUCAGUAAGUUUGCAGAUUUUUUUCCUGGUUUAAAUCUUCUCCAAUACUGCCUUCAUAUAAUGGUGUGCUACUGAUAGAGUGAAGUGAUUUAUUGCUUUCUCCUCUACACCCCUACUCUCCCCAGCAAUUAAAAGCAAGGAAAACAGGCAAGAAGUAAACUUCAGGUGUUUUUUCACAAAUUUUACAUUUUAACUCUAGCAUUAGUGAGAUGAUAUUAGUUCUCUAGUGCUGAGUGUCUUUUUUUGAUAAGGCAUUUGUCUCCGUGAAGGUUCUUGGCUUCUGUGUUUUCAUGGAUGAUGCUGAUUAUACUUGGAACCCAUAUACCUCCUUGGCUGCUCAGGUUUAGCAGGUCAGACUGGGACUGGUGGUGGGCACAAGUUACAGAAGAACUUUUCUGAACAAAAGCUAAGAGCUCAGAAGCACUUUGAUUGCAGCUGUACCUAAAAUGACCAGCAGCACUUUCCUGAGUUUUCUUAUGUCUAGGAAAUCUAAAUUUACAAGCUACUAGCUCAGAAAGCUGUUCUUCUGACAGACAGAUGGGGAAGUUUUUCAGGAACUGAGAGCUCAUCUUCUGUCUGUUGCCACAGGAGGGAAGCAGUCUGUCAAUAGCUACUCUUUCCUUAUCUGCUGCUGAAAAUUCCUGCCCUGCUUAGAGGCUCAGGUCUGAGAUUAGUUUGUGGUAAGGGGCUUCUAUCUCUGACCUUUGUGAAUACAGAGAAUCAGAGUAUGCUGACCUUGUCUCUUCUAGAGCACAGUGCAAGGUAGAUUUUUUUUUUUUAAGGCAGCAAUUAUUUUUUUUUUCUUCUUAACUGCAAAUAUCUCUAUAGACCAGUUAAAUAAUUGAGCAGAGGAAGAGUGGAAGUAUCUCAUUUGGGGGACACUUGAGUUUCUCCUUUCUCAUUUUUGGUGCCUAGAUACACUGGUGACUAGUGAGCAUAGGAGUUAAAGAACUGAUGUCAUAAGAGGUAUUUCCAAUAUGGGCACUGAGCAGUUGAGGCUGACAGCACUGAUAGUGGCUCUGUUCUAUCAAACACUGUGUAGGCUGGUGAUUGGAUAUUAAGGUAAUUUUCUUCCUGAUUGAAGCCACAGCAGAAAACAUUGAGGUAAAAAUGAACAGAACCCUGAUCAUGACCUCAAAGGAGGACUCUGUGCUGUAGGAUUACUCUGCUUGUGUGCCAUUUGUACCUCUGCUUAGAAACUGAACCUGUUGCCACCAGAUGAAGGCUGUUCUGAACAGAUAGAAAAAUGUACCAUUACUAACAUAUGUUGUGGUCUUCUCCAUCCCUGAGUGCCAAGUUCAUUGUUAGUACUCUCUCCUGUGAGAUAAAUUGAUUUGCAGGUCCCUCCCCCAAGCUUAGUGCAGUAUACGAAAGUGGGAGGAUUUUUCUAUUUUUUUUCUUUUCUUUUCAAAUGCCUUCCUUCAGAACUAGUGCAGAGCUUUAAUCCCAAAGAACAGAAGUCUCCCAGGGUAAGGCAGGAAUGCCCUGGCUGCACUAAUCUGCUUACAGGAGGUGCUCACACUGUCCCAAGGUACAUUCUGUUUGUCAGGGUCACUGCUGCUGACCAGCUUUUUUAUAGAGGACUCAAGAGUUUCAGAAAUAUAUUUUUGUAGACAAUGACUAAACUGUGAAACAUUGAAAUAAAGCAUGUAAACAAAAACUUA